CCAUAUUCGCUUGGCCCCCGCCAUCGUUUCUGCCUUCAAAUUUUUCAUUUUUUCCCCCAGUUUGAUAACAAUUCAAAAACUUUGUUUUAUUUUUAAGUACUAAUAAUUAAAAAUAUAUUGUUUUUAUGGCUGUAGCAGAUGAAGAAACGGGAAAAAUCCAGAUCCCGGCGCCACCGCGGCGCAAGGGGAUAGGGGUAAGGACAUGGGUUGUGGUGUCGGAGUUGGGUCAAUCGCUGCUUGAAGAGGUCGGAAAACACUCCAUAAUGCGCCGGACGGGGCUUCCGGCAAGGGACCUCCGGGUUCUGGAUCCGGUACUCUCGUAUCCGUCCUCGAUACUGGGGCGAGAGAGGGCCAUUGUCAUUAAUCUGGAGCAUAUCAAGGCCAUCAUCACCGCUAAAGAGGUCUUGAUGAUCAAUUCCACCAGCCCCCUCAUCAUCCAGUUCCUCCAAGACCUUCGGCACCGUAUCUCUCGUUCUGGUCCCGCGCCGCCGCAGCCGUCGAUGGAAGGGGACAUGGAGUACCAUGCAGAUGAGGUCCCAUGGGGUUCGCCUUCUUUUCAAGAACACAGUGAAUUAAAAGAUGGAAACAGGACGAUGGAAGAGCCAGUAGCUGCUAGUCCAAAGUUGCCGUCAUUUGAGUUCAGAGCACUUGAAGCUUGUCUUGAAUCUGCCUGCAGGUGUCUUGAAUCCGAGACACAGACGUUGCAGGAAGAGGCAUACCCUGCUUUGGACGAACUGACUUCUAAGAUCAGCACGCUUAACCUUGAGCGUGUAAGGCAAAUAAAAAGUCGACUUGUUGCAAUAUCUGGUCGUGUGCAGAAGGUGAGAGAUGAACUUGAACAUUUGCUGGAUGAUGACAAUGAUAUGGCCGAAAUGUAUUUGACAGAAAAACUUGUUGCUCAGUCAAUGGAUCAAUCAUCUAGAGAAGGAGCAUAUAAUGCUGAAAAUGAAGUGGAUGAUAAAAGGUCUGAAGAAUCCAAAUCAGAUGACAGCUCUGAAAUCUCCACAAGUCUGAAACUCAAUAUAGAGGAGCUGGAGAUGCUUUUAGAGGCCUAUUUCGUGCAGAUAGAUGGCAUCCUGCAGAAACUAUCUGAUAUGAGCGAGUAUGUGGAUGACACUGAAGAUUGUAUCAACAUCAUGUUGGAUGACAAACAGAAUCAGCUGCUGGAGAUGGGAGUGAUGCUCAGUACUGCAAACAUGAUACUGAAUGCAGGUAUUGUGGUGGUUGGGUUGUUUGGAAUGAACAUCGGUAUUAGCCUCUUUGACGGUCAACCUACUCAAUUUUGGGCAACCGUUUGUGGUACAGUUGGAGGCUGUGUUGCUUUGUAUCUUUUUGCUAUAGGGUGGGGUAAGAAGAAGAAUCUGUUGGCCUUGUAGACUUGUUUCUAUGGGGAUAAAUCUUCUAAACAUAAGUGUAUUACUACACAAGCAAAAGCAACAUCUUGGCAGCAUUGGAUUACAUAUGCUCUUUUGCCAAAUAAAUAUGAUACUUUUCUGGUAUUUAUUUUAUUCCUUUCAUAAGUUUCCAUCUAAAGUAAUAAAAAAAUCUUACAUCA